AAAUGGAUUCUUCAGCUUCCCCAGUUAAACUGAUGUCAACACUUUUGAAGUCAACAGAAAUGCAGGUUGGCGUGGUAGCCUUUAUGGCGUCAUUGCUGGCAAUGAAAGUGGUGAAAAAGUUUACUUCUGGCCGGAAACCCCCUCCUCCUGGUCCCUGGGGGUUCCCUAUUAUUGGACACCUCCCGCUACUGGGAAACGAACCCUACGUGACCUUCAUGAAGAUGAAGGAAAGGUUCGGAAACAUCUUCCAGAUACAGUUGGGUAGUUGGUCGGCCGUGGUUAUAAAUGGCAAGCAGGCCAUUAAGGAGGCUCUACAUAACUCUGGCGAGGACUUCUCUGGUAGACCCCAGUUCAUGUCUGCACAGAUUAUCAACUACGGUCAAAGUAUUGGCUUUGGUGAGUAUGGCGAACAGUGGAAAAUUCACAGAAAAAUUGCCAAUAAAGUCCUGACUGAGUUCUCGAAUGCCAAGUCAAAUCCUAUAGAAGAUAUGAUUCACGAAGAAGUAGACAUUCUCGUGGAUGACUUCAUGUCUGAGCAGGGAGCCACAUUCAACCCUCAGGAACACAUACAGCUUUCCAUCGGAAGCGUCAUCUACCAACUGUGCUACGGCAGACAAGAAAACAUCCGGGAAGACAAGGAUUUCGCUGAUGUCAUAUUAAACUCAGCUGCAUUCACGGAAUUCGUCAGUGCCGGAAACCCUGUUGAUGUCAUGCCCUGGCUCCGAUAUCUCAUGCCCUGGAAAGUUAAGGCAUUUACAACACUCAUCCAAACAAGCCUUGACGCAAAUGAAAAGAAGAUCAGUGAACACAAAACAAACUUCUCUAGUGAUAACAUGCGUGACAUCACGGACAGAUUGAUAUCUGUAAGUGAGGAAGACUCCAGGUUGUCCAAGGAAAGGAUUUUGUCUACGCUUAACGACGUCUUUGGGGCAGGUUUUGAGACAACGGCUUCAACCACCAGGUGGAUGUUACUGCUGAUGGCCGCCAAUCCAAACGUGCAGAGGCGGGUGCAGGAAGAACUGGACGACGUUGUGGGCAGCGGGAGACGACCCAGUAUCCUGGACAGAGGUCAGCUUGUUUACACUGCCACAGUGCUCCAUGAGAUCAACCGGUUUGUGGCACUGGCACCUCUCAGUCUCCCUCACCUCACCAUCACCGAUACCAAUCUCGGAGGAUACAGUAUCAACAAAAACACUGUUAUCUUCAUCAACCUGUACUCCAUGAGCCAUGACCCAGAAGUAUGGGGUGAUCCGCAUGUCUUCCGACCCGAGCGUUUCCUUGACGCUUCCGGUGAGAUCAACAAGUCCCUCCUGGAGGAGUUCCUUCCCUUCUCCACUGGUGGGCGAAAGUGUCUCGGGGAGUCUCUUGCAAGGAACGAAAUUUUUCUUUUCUUCACUGGAAUCCUACAGAAGUGCAGCAUCUUGCAACCACCAGAAGUGAAGGAAUAUAGCAUGGAUGGCAACAGUGGAUUAACGCGCCAAUGUCUGCCCUACCAAGUACAGGUCAAACUCAGGACCUGACUCGCCACUCAUCCGUCAUCCUUCUCAUGGACAACAACCUGACAAAAAUUCAUGAACUAGACAGGAACGAAAUCUUUCAUUUGUUCACUGGAAUCCUACAGAAGUGAAGGAAUAGAGCAAGGACGUCAUAGGUGGAACAAGAUCUAAUCAAGCUAUAAACUAUCAGCUUGUCACAACUGUUAAUUCCGUUUAAUCUUUAUCCUUACUGUACACCUGGCUUCAUUACCCAUGUGCUUUAUAACCUGAAUGCUAUUUAUUAUUCUUUCUGUACACCUGGUUUCAUUACCUGUGUGCUAUUUGUUAUUCUUUCUGUACACCUGGCUUCAUUACAUGUGUGCUAUUUGUUAUUCUUUCUGUACACCUGGUUUCAUUACCUGUGUGCUAUUUGUUAUUCUUUCUGUACACCUGGCUUCAUUACAUGUGGAUUGCAUUACCUGUGUGCUAUUUGUUAUCCUUACUGUACAACUGGCUUCAUAUCAUCAUUUCAUCCGACCGGGUACCCAGCCUGAUUUCACCCCCAGAGUAAUGACGUCAUAUAAUUCUGCCCCUGGGUACCCGGUCGGAUGAAAUGAUGCUAUAAGAGCACACCUGACAGCCCCAAACACACAUCUUAGUUGUAUACUCUGAGAGUGGACGUGACAAUACAAAUGAGCAUUGAUCCGUGGAAAAUUAUAUGUGAAACAACAUGGCUUUCAGAUGUGCAUACCGCACAAUUUAAUGCUUCAUCGGUAAUAAUGUCCUUUUUUUCACAUCAGACAACUGUGAAUGAGAGAGGAGAAUGUGUUCCAAUGUCCCCAAAUCGCUGUGUUCUCCGUCUCGGUCGAUACCCUUUGUCUGUCUGAGACGCUGCCGGCACUGCUGAAUGCAGAGCCGUCAACCUGGGAGCCCCUCAUAAAGAACAAACCAUUUGAUCUACUGAGAUUUUAUCAAAAAAGGUAAACUGUCCCUGGAAAUGUUGUUGAAAAAUAAGAAAUUGCCUGGCUCAAGAAUUACAUACAUUGUUGAGAGGUGUUUUAUUUUUAAAAAUCAGGCUCCCAGUCACUCUCUGACCCCCGCACUAUAAUUUCAGAUAAUUAUUUCAAAUGGUCGAUCCGUUAAU